AUGCAGGGCAAAGCAAAAGCAUGGGCGGAUCAGAUCCAAUCUAGCUUCCUCCACCGAUACGAUGUCCUUCCUCUCCUUUGCACCACAAUCCAGAAGACUUUGGAGUACCCCAUGGCGCUCACCUUCUUCUCCCACCAGGAGUGGGAUCAGCUCCUCUCCCCAGUGCUCAGGGCGGCACUUCCAAAAGCUGGUAUCUGCCGCAAUUUUCCUCGAGCUAUGGUCUAUGCCCCUAUUGCACUCCAAGGAGUGGGUGUCCCUCAUCCGUACGGUCUCCAAGUCAUCAAGCACUUGGACAUGCUACUUCGCCAUCCUGCCAAUAAGACCAAGACGGGCGCCUUCUUGGAGGCAGUCCUUCAGGCACAUCAGCUUGAAACCGGCACCUCAUACGGCCUCUUCCAACAAGUCUAUGCCAACACCUCCAUCCUGGCGUCUGACACAUGGGCAAAGCGGACCUGGAGUGAACUCGACUCUCUCUCCAUCCACCUGGAGUUUGAUUCUCCUUCUCUUCAGCCCCUGCGCCAAGGAGACCAACUGCUAGUCGACCUGUUCGUCGACUCUUUGGUGGACCAACUUACUUUGAAAUGGCUCAACUGGUGCCGGAUCUUCCUGCACGCAGUCACUCUUUCUGAUAUUGUGAAUGCUGAAGGGACGGCGAUUACUCUGCAAGCAUGGAAAGGGCUAAGAGCGGACAGCUGUUCAGAUCGGUACCAAUGGCCCCGUACGGCUCGUCCGUCUAACCAAUGGUGGACUGCUUGGCAGCAAUGGAUUUCUACUC